GACUCGGGAGGCUCGUCCAGGUCCCUUCGGCUCCGAGCUGACCCUGAGGAGGUUGGUGUCGUCUUUGCGGCACUGCGGAGCCCUCCACUCAGGACAGCUCCCCCUCCCCGGGCCUCUCCCCUCUUGCCCGCGAGUCUCCUCGCCUCGUAGGCCUCUUGGAUCUGAUAACGUGGGCUGAGGUGAGAGGAGGCCCGGGGAGGGUGAUUACAGCAAAGGAGCCAUAUUCGCGACCAAGAUGAUAGAGGUACUCACCACAACUGACUCUCAGAAACUGCUACACCAGCUGAAUGCACUGUUGGAACAGGAGCAGAAAUGUCAGCCAAAGGUCUGUGGCUUGAGACUAAUUGAAUCUGCACAUGAGAAGGGCCUCAGGAUGACUGCAAGACUAAGGGACUUUGAAGUAAAAGAUCUUCUUAGUCUAACUCAGUUCUUUGGCUUCGACACAGAGACGUUUUCUCUAGCUGUGAAUAUACUGGACAGAUUCCUGUCCAAAAUGAAGGUACAGCCCAAGCACCUUGGGUGUGUUGGACUAAGCUGCUUUUACCUGGCUGUAAAAUCAAUAGAAGAGGAAAGGAAUGUCCCAUUGGCAAGUGACUUGAUCCGCAUAAGCCAGUAUAGGUUCACAGUUUCAGACCUCAUGAGAAUGGAAAAGAUCGUGUUGGAGAAGGUGUGUUGGAAAGUCAAAGCUACUACUGCCUUUCAAUUUCUGCAACUCUAUUUUUCGCUCAUUCACGAGAACUUACCAUUUGAAAGGAGGAAUAGCCUUAAUUUUGAAAGAUUAGAAGCUCAACUUAAGGCAUGCCACUGCAGGAUCAUAUUUUCUAAAGCAAAGCCUUCUGUGUUGGCACUGUCUAUCAUCGCACUGGAGAUCCAAGCACAGAAGUGUGUAGAGUUAACAGAAGAGGUAGAAUGUCUUCAGAAACAUUCCAAGAUAAAUGGCAGAGAUUUGACCUUCUGGCAAGAGCUCGUAUCCAAGUGUUUAACUGAGUAUUCAUCAGAUAAGUGUUCCAAGCCAAACGUUCAGAAGUUGAAAUGGAUUGUUUCUGGGCGAACUGCACGGCAACUGAAGCAUAGUUACUACAGAAUAACCCACCUUCCGACAAUUCCUGAAACGGUUCCUUAAUAGGAUAAUUGCAGCAACAAAAGCUCUUCCCUGGAGCCAUUCUCCAUGAUCCUGAAGUAUGGAUUCCAUGUUACAGUGGAUUUAAGCUGUGCAUCCUCAAAACAUCACAACUUGAUUAGCAUUGAUGUCCUCAGAUUUGGGAAAACUGCCUAGUUAACAUUACGCUAUAGUGGAAUUAUGCUUAAAUUGGAAUUCAUCUGAGGCAUACAAACAAUGCCAAGAACAUAAUGUGAAAUGUUAAUAAGUCUGGGAAGGUAAACUGUUAAUCUUCAUUCCUAACAUUGAUCCAACUUUCCAUAUUGGGUCAGUCUAUUUCAGUGCUAUUAAAAAUGAAAACCUACUUAAUUUAAAUUUUGAAUGAUGAGGUUUACAUCAACACCAACAUUUCACAAAUGCACCUAGAAGACAUGAUAAGGGUCACUAUUUUAAGCAGUGAAAAUGGUUUCUUAGCAUCCAUAACACAAUAGAUUAUCCAGAGAUGUGGACUUCAUUGCUUCGUGCGACUUAACAUUUAAAUUUGAGGGCAUUUUAUAUGAAGCGAAACUACACACCUAGUAAUUUUGGCAUAUUAAUUUAUCUUUAAUGUUCUUCCUAGAAAACAGGUGACAUUUGUGUCCAGGAAAAUUUUUUACACAAAAUCUGUUUCAAUAUGGUCCCAUUGAGAAGAUGUUUUAUUGUAUUAGUGACUCAAAAUAAAUUAAUAUCACUCCGAAACUUGCUAAUUUAACACUCCAGAAGUUUUUACUAAGGACUGUUUUUAUAAAACUGCCAUUGCUUCUAAUUUAGAAUUGUGUUCAAAAAGGAAGGGAAUAUACUUUCACUAACUUCCUCUACUGUGCAAACCAAAACGCCUAAGUAAAUGCACAUCUUCAUAGUCAUGACGCUGCUGAGAUCGGGUUCAGGAUUUUCUAGUAAGUCAGUGAACAUAAAGAGGUCUGCAGUGCUAACAGUGUCACGGAUCGUACUCAGUGCAGUGUGUAGCCGGGGCCCAUCCAGGAUGACUGUACCCAAUUUUGACAUCAUGUUAUGGAUAACCAUAUACUGUAAAAUAAACCAAAGAACCACAGUAUAUCUUAUAGUUUUGUAAACAAUGUUUUGUGGAUAAUCUCAGUUUUCCCAAAAGGCUGAUACAUUUCAAUAUUUUGAUGACAUCUGUGUUAAUUUUGAGUUGGCAGAGGUAACCUAACCAACUACCAUUAUGCUUUGGUAUUAAGGGAUAUACAUUUUAAUAAAGUAACUGAAAUGCA